AUGCCUCCGUCGAAAGCCAAGGCCUCUACUUACACUCCUCCCACAAAGGGGAUUCUCUCAUACCUGCCAUCAUCAUGGGUUCCCUAUUCAGAACUCAUUCGUCUGGAUAAGCCGCAUGGCAUUUACAUGACCAUAUACCCUUACAUCUUGGGACUAUUCUAUGCCGGUCAAAUUACGCCUGCUCCAAUACAUCUCAACUUCCUCCUGAGUCGAUUCCUCAAUCUGGCGAUUUGGACUUUCCUCAUCCGAAGCGCCGGCUGUGCUUGGAACGACAACGUUGAUCAGGAUUUUGAUAGACAAACAGCUCGGUGCCGCGACCGACCCAUUGCAAGAGGUGCAAUCUCGACCCUCCAGGGCCAUGUCUUUACCACAGCCCUGGUGGCCCUCGGUUUCCUCUCCAUUCAAGACUUUCCUCUUGAAUCCAAGAUCGACGGCGCUGCAACUGUCUUGUUGACAUGCAUCUAUCCCUUUGGGAAGCGAUUUACACACUUCGCUCAAGUUACUUUGGGCUCAACGCUAUCCGUUUCUAUCGUAUUUGGACCGCAUGCUGUGGGCGCCAACCCCUUGUCAUCAGAGAACUUUCUGCCAACGGCCUGCCUUGUGUCGUCUAUUAUUAUGCUGGUCAUCUUUUAUGACGUAGUUUAUGCUCGUCAGGAUACGGCUGAUGACCUGAAGUCUGGCGUCAAGGGCAUGGCAGUCCUCUUCCGCAACUGGAUCACAACGUUGCUUUUGUCUCUCAUCACUGCCAUAACGACUCUUCUCUAUAUCACUGGAAAGUCUCUUGGAUUGAGUCCACUCUUCUUUGGCCUGUCUGUUGCGGGCCCCGCCAUCAGCCUUCUUACUAUGAUUGUCCUCAUCGCCAGCAAGUCGAGCAGUUCACGAUAUGCCGGCAAGUUUUAUGUGCUGGCCAUUUUCAGUUUGCUCAGCGGCUUUGCUGUGGAGUACUCCAAGACAAUAAUGUAG